AUGAAGGUCGUCGGGCUGCUAUCUGGCGGCAAAGACUCAUGCUACAACCUCCUCCACUGCCUCCAACAAGGCCACCAACUCGUCGCACUCGCCACCCUCUCCCCACCCGGCUCCAAAGAUGAACUCGACUCCUACAUGUACCAAACCGUUGGUCACGAUGCGGUUCACCUCGUAGCUCAAGCUAUGAAACUUCCUCUCUACCGUCGCACUAUCGUCGGAACCGCGCUAAAUCAACGGUCCCAAUACGGCUCCCGCACGCCCUCGACCUCAGCAACAACUUUGGAAGAUGAAACAGAAGACCUCUACCACCUACUCCACACAGUCAAAUCUCACCACCCUGACAUUGAAGCUGUCUCCGUUGGCGCUAUUCUAUCCAACUACCAGCGUGUACGUGUAGAGCAUGUUGCGCUGAGACCAGAUCUCAACCUUACGCCGCUAACCUAUCUCUGGCAGAGAAAGCAGUCGGAGCUAUACGCGGAAAUGUUGGAAGCGGGACUGGUGUCGAUAUUGAUCAAAGUGGCGGGCAUUGGGCUGGAUGAGGGAGACUUGGGGAAAACUUUGGGCCAGAUGCAGGGCAAGUUGGACAAGUUGAACAGCAUCUACGGUGCACAUGUAUGUGGUGAGGGAGGGGAGUAUGAAACCUUGACGAUCGAUUCGCCGCUGUUUGAGAAGAAGGUGGAUGUGGGGGAUGUGGAGAGGGUUCUACAUUCGGAUAGUGGCUUUGGUAGUGUGAGCUAUUUGCGGCUGGUGAAUGCGAGGCUGGUGGAGAAGGAGAGAGGGGAGGGCCAGAGGAGGAAGGCGAGGACUCCACCGUUGCUGGAUGUUGUGGGAAGACGGACGUUGAAGGCGGUUCAAAAGGCGAGCAGCACUACAAAGGCGGAAGGCAUAUCGGAGCAGCUGGGUAUCUUACACUUGAGCAAGGAAAUGGAGGUACCAACGCCUUCGAUAUCACGCAAGAGCAGAUACGUAGUCCUAUCGAAUAUCACUGGCCUCCCCAAUACCACUCCUUCUCAUCCCGUCUCGGUGGAGGACCAAGUCCGCCAAGCAUUCACCACCAUCUCCCACCUCCUCUCUUCCAUAUCCCCUACCCCACUCAACCUGGUACACAUCUCACACAUCAACCUCUACCUUGGCUCCCAAACCGACUUUGCCUCUGUCAACUCCAUCUACCGCACCUUAUUCGGCGUCUCCCCUCCCAGCCGAGCUUGUGUUGCACUGCCCAACCUACCUCCUGGCUGCGACAUUAUGAUUAAUCUCGUCGCUUUCGACGAGACCUCUUCCUCUUCCGCCUCCGUUCCGUUUGAUCGAAGAGCACUACACGUCCAAGGCCGCUCCUUCUGGGCACCGGCCAACAUCGGACCUUACUCACAAAGUUUGGUUCAAGCAGAAAAGAUUUGGGUUGCUGGUCAGAUCGGCCUUAUCCCUUCCGAUCUCACCCUUCCUGAGGAUAGGGCGUUGCAGGCAAGUCUGAGUUUGCAGCAUGCAAGAAGAAUUCUCAAGGCGACGAUGAAUGAUAUGGCUGGUAGGAAAGUGCAGAGUGGAUGGGUCGAAGGUGGCGUAUGCUGGUUGCAGAAAGAUGAGGCGAUGGUGGAGCUUGGCAGACGGGCUUGGCUCGCCCAAAACCCGGCUCUGGGCGGUGAGGCAGAAGGGGAAGAGGGGGAAGAGGGGGAAGAGGAAGAGCACUGGCUAGGACAAACGACACCUGAAGAUGAAGAAGGAUCAAUGCCUCCAAUGCUCUUCGUCACGUUGCCGAAGGGGUCGCUACCGAGGAGUGCAGCUAUCGAGUGGCAGAUCACCGCUCAUACUGGUCGCGUACCUCCUCCUGUUGUUAAUAGCCAGCCUAAGCAGACCAAAGGCGAUGAGAGCGACGACGAGGAAGAAUCCAUCGGAAGCGAUGUGGCUGAUGUCGGCAUCUCUCAGACUUCAGCUCUUCUCAACUCUUCCACUGGAGCAGCUUUCGAAGUCGUCCACACUGUCACGAGCUCCAAUACAGCAAAGAGCAGGUUCGGUGUUCUUACUCUCCGACAACUCGCCAACGCCUCGGCACAGCAGAGUCAGAAGUCCAUCGAGAUGCUCAAGACAUCAAUAGAAAGUCUGGUGAGAAGCGUUUACGCUACACAACUCUUCCAACCUCUCUGCACGCCCUCGAACAAAGCUCUGGAUGUGCUCAACGAUCUCCUUGCCUCGGGCCGAGAAGCGAAUGCGGUCUUGGAGCAAUCCCACCGCACGCCAUGUUUAUUACUCACCAGUCUCGCUUCCGACACAACUGCUCAACCUGUAGACUUGGCACUUGUAUGGCACGGCAUCUAA